AUGUCGGGACGCCAGGCACACGGAAGGCCCUUGCUGCAGCAGCCGGGGUCUCGAAAAAAGAACAUUCAGAGAGGCGGACCGAGCAGACCGGCCAGGCCAGUCAGAGCAAAGACUGGGCGAGUCGACGUGCUUGCGUUGGCCGAGAAGCAGGUGGGCGAGACAAAAAGCAAGGGAGUCCGUCUGCGGGACCUGGACAUUGAGCGCGAUCCGAGCAAGCGGCGACGCGGAAACGAGGAGGACGAGGAGGAGGACGAGGCAGACGAUGGCGGUCGCGAUGGCGGUGUUUCGAAGCGUCGGCGGCGCAACGAGGAAGAAGGAGCUGGAGAUGAGGAGCGGGCAGACGACUCAGACAACGAGAUGCAGAGCGACAGCGAUGGAAACGAGUGGCACGUCGGUGUUGACAGCAACGACGAUGACUCGGAAAUCGACAGCGACGAGGCCUUUGGGGAGAGCGACGACGAGAUGUUUGAUGGGUAUGCAUUCGGGCGAAGCUCGUCGGCAUCGAAGAGCAAAAAGAAGAAGCGGUCCAAGGGCGGAGACGAGUCGGAAGAGUUUGACGAGCCGGAUGAUUUGGGAGACGACGAGGACUCACUUGGCGAAGAUGCCAUCGAUCUUGCUCAGGCGCUGGACCAGGUCUCUUCGGACUCGGACUCGGAAGAAGCGGCGGCCAGCAAGAAGAAACCGAAGAAGGCGGGUGGCAGGAAGGUGGGAGACAGCGAUGCCGGAUCGUCUGUCGACUCUGGGUCUAUUGAUUCGGAAGAUGAGGAGGAGGAGGACGACAGCAAUUCCGAAUCCUCCGUAUUGUCGGAUGAGGAGGAGGAGGAGGACGAGGAGGAGGACGACAGCGAUGCCAGCGAUGCCAGCGACGAGUCGACGUUUGAAGAGCUGAAGAGCAUGGCGUCUGCGUUUGCCGGCAAGAGCAAGAGUGACGAGGUGGCAGCCGGGUCUGGGGCUGGGCAGAACAAGGUCAGCCUCAGCGACCUGGGGCUGUUUGGUGUCAAGGAUGCGCAGAUGAAGAAGUCGCUCAAGCUGCUGGCGCGGGAAGAAAAGGGUGAGAGCGGCCCAAGCAAGAAGCUGGACGUGCCGCUGGCGCGGAUCCAUCAAGAGCGAAUGCAUCGCGAGGCGGCGGCAGAAAAGACGCACGAGACGCUUGGGCGGUGGGUGGACACGGUCAAGCACAACCGGCGAGCCGAGCACCUCUCCUUUCCGGUGGCCGGGGCGCUGGAAGGUACCGGGCUCGACUCUAUGGAGCUGCGGCCGAUCAGCCAGAAGACGGCGCAGACGGAGCUGGAGAAGACGAUCUUGUCGAUUAUGCAGGAGAGCGGGCUAGAGCCCAGCGGCGGAUCGUCGAAGAAGAAGAAGGGCGGCGUCAACGGCGACGGCGGUGGUUCGGAGGAGAAGGAGAAGUUGUCAGCUGAAGAGCUGAAGCAGCUCGUCAGCCAGCGGCGGCACCAGCGGGAGGUGCAGUCGCGAGAGCAGGCGCGGGCGCGGCGGAUUAAGAAGAUCAAGAGCAAGGCAUACCGGCGGAUUCACCGACGCGCGAAGGCCAAGAACGAUGCGGCAGCGGCAGAACUGGAGGAAGGCUCAGACGUCGACUCGGAGGCGGAGCGGGAAGCACAGCACCGGCGACGGGCGAUGGAGCGGAUGGGCUCACGGCAUCGCGAGAGCAAGUGGGUGAAACAGGCGAAGAACACGGGCCGGGCAGCGUGGGACGAGGAUUUCCGGUCAGGGCUGGUCGACAUGGCACGACGGGAUGAAGAGCUGCGGCAGCGAGUGGCCAAGCGUGGAUCGGACGACGAGAAGGAACAGGGCAACAGCGACAGUUCGUCGGACGAGGACGAGGACGAAGACGAUGAGGCGUUCCUGGAGCGCACACGGGCUGAGCUGGAGAAGGCCGGCAAGGAAGCCGACAAAGGGCCGCAGUCGGCGCUGAUGAACAUUGGGUUUAUGCAGAGGGCCGAGCUGGCACGCAAAAAGGCCAACGACGAAGCCGUGGCGGAGAUUAUGCGCGACUUGGACGUGAAGGAUGACAGCGGCGAGGAGGAUGCGAAAGCCGGAGACGAGGACGGCGAAGAUGGUGCGUGGACUACGGUCGGCCGUCGAACGUAUGGCGUGGCCAAAGCAGGCAAGCCGACGAAGACGGCAGCGAAGCGAAAGGUUGAGAAGGUGAAAACGGCAGAGGAGGCAGAGAAGGCAGAGAAGGCAGAAAAGGGUACAGAAGCCAAUUCUUGGUUUCGGGAGGACACGAUGGCAACAUCAGCCAAAGGGGAUACAUGGUCCAGCAGCAAAGAGCCGGAAUCGGGCGGACGACAGGCCAAGACGGAGGCGGCCGGAAAGCGAGCAAAAGCCCGGGAAGUUGUGACGUUGGGCAACGGCUUGGAGAAUAUGCUUGAGAGGACGAGUGAGAAGGAGGCGAAGCAGCCGAAGCAGCCGAAGAAGCAGCCAAAAAAGGAGACGACCGCGACGACCGCAGACGAUUCGGACACGUCUUCUUCCGGCAGCAGCAGCAGCAGCAGUGACGAGGACGAAAACGAAGACGAAGACAGUGCUCGAUUCGGCAAAGCCGGCGUGCGUGGCCGUGGCAGCAAGCCGGCCUUGUUGAAUCUUCGUGUGCUGGAAUCGGAUCUGUUGCGCCAGGCGCUGGGCGACGACGAUGCCGAGGCCGAGUUUGAGCGCGAGAAGCAGCGCGUGGCGACCGAGGAGGCCGAGGCAGCUGCAGCCGAGGCACAGGGCGGCAGCCGGAAGCGCGGCGCCGACUUUCUGCCUGGUUGGGGCAGCUGGUCGGGCGAAGGUAUCAGCAAGCGGUCGGCCAAGCGGGAUCAGAACCGGCUCGAGACCAAGACGGCCGCCUCCAAAGACAAGAAGCCCAAGCCGGUGGCCCGGCGUGACGACAAGCUGGAGCGUGUCAUCAUCAGCGAGCGGCGCGUCCAAAAGAACGCAAAAUACCUCGCCUCACAGCUGCCGCACCAGUUUGAGACCAAGAACCAGUACGAGCGCUCGCUGCGUCUGCCCGUCGGCCCCGAAUGGGGCACCAAGACAGCCUUCCAGGACUCCAUCAAGCCACGCCUGCUGGCCAAGCAGGGUGUCGUGCUGCCCAUGGCCCGGCCCCUGGUUUAA